CAUUAAACACUGAGUACUGCAUUCCUAACUCCACUGAAAAUGCAAAUAGCUGCAGACGAUAUUGCGCUAUUGACCGACGAAGAGCGUAGGCUUAGUAUAACCUACCGUCUCCGUCCGCACUGUGCAGGAAAGAGAUGUCGAGUGAUUGCCGCCAUUAUUUUGAUUGUGCUGCUUAUCAUUAUUGGGAUCGUUGUGUUUGGUGUUGUAUUUGGCAUCAAAAACAAGUCUGCGAAGUCCAACUCUGUGAAAGGUACUUAUCUGUCACUGUAGAUUGUUCAGUGAGAGUUACAUAUUCAUUACUUGGGGCCUCGUCCAUCUAAUCACCUGCUUAAAGCAGACAAACCUAGCGGAAUCGUAAAGUAGUGUACGUUGUCAGUUUCUCACUAAUUGACCCACACUUAUGCAACUUGCAUGCUUGAGUUUGUCUGCGUAAUAAAUCGAAUGCCGGUGCUUUAACUUGCACAUGCUAGUUCAGUUUACGUUAGUCAGUUAAGGAGGUGGCGUGCGGCGAGAAAAUGCCAGGUAUGCCCGAAUUUCUUUUGAAUUACGGAGAAAAAUACUCAGUAACAAGAUGGCUACUCCGAUAAACGUGAUAAAUCAGUACCUAGUAUAGUUUCAUGAGGGCCGAAGCAAUUCACGGUCGAUGCAUCUUUUUCUGAAAUAUUCAUAUUUAUACCUGUUUACCAACAGCCCUUGAAAGCUCUUGAAGUUUCGGUUAGCGAAAAAUUUUAAUAGUAAAACUUUUUGUUAUGUCUACCUAAGCCUGCGUAGCAAGUGUUUUCGAUCGAGGUAUUACUCGAAAGUUGGAUCCAUCCUUCCUCUUUCGCUUUCGUUCCAACUUUCUUGACGAACCCACGUGGAAACAAUGGCUACGCCGCAGGCUGUCCACCAAAAUCCCAACCAAGUCUUCGUGAUCCUUGGUGCUGACCAAAAGGAUCGCUGGCGCGCAUGAGCAUGCGGCCAGUUUAUUGGAAGGUUUGUCGUACCUCCGUGAACGAUAUUGUGCUAGUGUUGUUAGAGACUUAUCCAUCUUCAAAGUUUCAAGGCAAAUUAUUUUUUAUCAGAAAGCUGGUUGAUCUGUUCUUUUCUGUCUGCUCAAUAAAAUUGUAAUGUAAGCAAAUUUAAACGUUCGCGAUUCCUUUCCUUGAUACGGUGGCCCACAACUGUCACGGCAAAACCAAAAACCUCACGGCAAAACUAAAAACCUCACGGCAAAAACAAAAACCUCACGGCAAAAACAAAAUACCUCACGGUAAAACCAAAAACCUCACGGCAAAAACAAAAUACCUCACGGCAAAAACAAAAUACCUCACGGCAAAAACAAAAACCCCACGGCAAAACCAAAGAUCUCACGGCAAAACCAAAAACCUCACGGCAAAACCAAAGACUUCACGGCAAAACCAAAUACUUCAGAGCAAAAACCAAAUACCUCACGGCAAAAGCAAAUACUCACGGCAAAACCAAAGAUAUUUUGCUUUUUUCGUUUUUGGUUUUGCCGUGAUGUUUUUGUUUUUGCCGUGAGGUUUUUGGUUUUGCCGUGAGGUAUUUUGUUGUUGCCGUGAGGUUUUUGGUUUUGCCGUGACAGUUGUGGGCCACCAUACCUUGACUAUUACCCGGAACUGUGUCCACGCUCUAGAAAACUGAUUCGACAUUCCUCAAUCUGGAUCGCGUAAAAAGAACUGUAUUCGAAGAGUUUCAGUUCGCGUAAAGACACGCUAUUCAAGCCUGCACCUUCGAAAUUCACCAGCGGCACUCAACGAAUUUUUUCUGUAAAAUAACGGUUCAGAGGAUCAAUUAGAAAUUUCUAAACCUCGAGAAAGGCUAAAAGUUUGUGGAUAACGGUUUCGUUCGUCUGUCAAUAUUCGGAAUUUUUCUACCAGGUUACCUAUGAUUUUCGGAGGUUGUUGCUGGUUUUUUUUUUUUUUUGGUUAAAAAAGGGGCUCCUGAAAUCUUCGGUGUUAACGCAAAACGUCCCCUAUAUAAUUUCCUAAUGAAAGUAAAACUACUCUAUGUCCUCGAACUUUCGACGGGACCCAUCAGGGUAGCCAACAGUUUCGGAUGAGGCAAAAAAGCCACCUAAAACUUUCGAGACGACCAAAGUUCCCCCAAGACAUCCGAACAGAUAAAUAGUUUUCAGGGCAGCUCCAAAUUAACCAAGGCUUAAGCAAGGAAAAAACCAUCUGAGACAUUUCUGAUGUAUUUGGAAACAUUCGGUUAUUGGCUGUCCUUGAUUCACUUCACUAUAAACAACAUGCAUGCUUUUUUAAAAUUAACUGAAAGGCUCGAUUCACUCAUUCCAAAGUUAGCCUAGGGAAAGUGCAUAUUUCAGUUAAUGAGAAUCUCAUUAACUGUCUGACCGAAAUGGUAUACAAAAACUGUUAUUGGCACGGCUAUUCACAUGAAACAAGAAAACAGAAGGUUUGUUUUUACCUUAAACGAUUUAGUUUCUUUCAUUUUAGCCUCUCAAAUGUAUCCUCUGCCCUUCCUCUCUGACUGAAAAGCACCUCAUAAGCUGUGGAAAUCUUAGCUGAAAGUAAAACAAAAAAAAUUAAAAUUCUAUACCAUUAAAUUACGUUGGUCUGCAGGAUUUCUUUAGAACUACGUACAUAUACAAGAAACAAUUGUAUUUCGUGUCGUUUUACUUAGCGGUAGCUGAACCUACACCAACCUCCAAAGUACAGAAAACGGCUGGAAGGGAUCAGAAGCCAUGGACCAAAACAUCAAAGCCAUGGACAUACCCAACCCUAGCCUCAACGAAUACAUCAAAGCCAUGGACAUACCCAACCCUAGCCUCAACAGAGACAUCACAGUCAUGGACAUACUCAACCCUAGCCUCAACAGAGACAUCGCAGCCAUGGACAUACUCAACCCUAGCCUCAACGAAAACAUCAAAGCCAUGGAUAUACCCAACCCUAGCCUCAACGCCAGCUGCUUCUGUCCUCUCAACGCAAACUCCGCCACCGAUCAUUUGUAACAAUUCAGCGUGCAGGAUCUCUCAAGGUUGGUGUUUGAAGUGCUUUAAUUGUUACACUAUUCAAAGAUUUAUCAGUACAUUGGCUUUAACUACGUUGUGUAAUAGCAGUCGACUCCCCGUUGAUUGAUUGGGGAUUGAUUACAGUUUGACAUUUAAAAAUCUAGUAGAUCUGAUUAAGAACCUACAGCCUGCAAUUUAGACACCCCUUUUUAUAUAAGAACCACUUGCUUUAAUUCAGCCUAACCUGAAUUUGGAAAAGAUACUUAUUAGUGUGAUCUGGUUACCGUAAUGCUUAUUUUCUAUUACAGCACUGGGUCAGCACCCGUUGUUCUUUUGUAAGCUUGUCACAAUCUCAUGUUUUUUGAAAUAUUGCUCAUACAACAAUCCAGAAAUAAAAUAUUUUAAAAGUUAUUUUCACUAUUUACAGUGGUCUUGCCCAAGCAACUCUACAAGGCGCAUACACCAUGCAUUCACUUUAUCAACUUCGAGAGAAGACACAUACUGGGUUGUUCUUAUGGCUUCUCAUUAUGCCUUACACGCCCUGCGCUCCAUGGCACCUCUUUCGGAUGAUCUGUUUUUUUCUCCAUAUCGGGUCUGUAUCUUUUACCUGGAUGAGGCCGCCAGAUUUUCCCAUUCUUGUAUAGGAGAAUGGGCAGGCACUUUAAUUAGAAAACGGUUGUUUCAAUUUUUUUUAAAAGAAAACUGUUUACCAGUAUCACAUGAAUCAAAUUUCUGAACUCUAGUAAUGUUAUAUACCACACCCAUGUUAUAGCUAUAUUUAAAUUUCAUGACCGGCCCCAUGCACCACUAUUUGGGAAAAUAACAACCCAUUUAGUCGGCGUGGAAGGCGUUUGAAGGAGAAGGAAAACGCCCAAACGCCUGCCAUAAAGACUAAAACCUACUUUGUCACUUGGUUUGAAACAAAUAAUAUUAGAUGAUCGCGCUUACAUUUUUAUACCAUGACAUCGACUGUUUCACGAUUUCAGAAAUCUCCAGAGAGCUGAACACCACAGUGGAUCCUUGUGAGGACUUUUUCUCUUACGCAUGCGGAGGUUUUUUCAAAAAACAUCAGCUCGGAGAAAAUCAGAGUACGGAAGAUGCCUUUUCGGUCCUCUUCCAUGACAAUAUGAGAGUAAUACGACAUGUGCUGCAGAAUGCUACUUCUGUUUACCCUCAGGUUCGAAAUCAAGUUUCUUUUAGUUUGGAAAUAAUAUAUAACCUCCAUAAUAAUAAACAUCAUCAUCAUCAUCAUCACAUCAUCAUCGUAAUCACAAUCAUAGUUUGCAUGUAUUCUAACCAAUUGAUGCAUUGGUUGUUGUUGUUUAACAGAGCUCAUCGAUAAGGAAAACCACUCAAAUUUACAACUCGUGCCUCAAUACAGCUGCUAUUAACAACAGAGGAAAUGCACCUUUAUUAACCUUGAUAGAGAAGUACGGUGGUUGGACAGUAGCCGGAAAAGGACUGAACUCCUGGACAGUGCAAGAAAAAAUGGGACGCAUCCAAAGAGACCUGAAUGUACACUCUUUGCUGUUUGCUUCGGUUGGGACGGAUCAUGCGGAUUCCACACGUAGUAUUCUUAAAGUAGGCAAAGCAUUUGUCGAGUCAUUAAACAUGCGCAAGUGCCUGUUAAGUAGGUAGAUACCGGGCAGAAGUGGGUAUCAGUCCAGCGAAAAAAAAAAGGAAAAAAAAACGAUAAUAGUCAUAGUAACAAAUAGAGAAUAGAAAAGUUAAAACUCUUCUGUUAGUCCCAAGGUCUCGUUAUUCCGUUUCUGGUCACGUGAUCCGAGCGAAAAUACGUCACCGAAAUUAGCUGACCGAGAAGGCCUGUGAAGACGCCGCACAGGGCUUAGACAAGAAUCGAACAACACCUUGUCGCAAAACAUUGUUUCGAAAUGUUGCUGGAGAAAUCCUUGAAAGAAUAAGAAGAGAUGUAUAAUAACUAGGCUCUUACGGGUUUCCAAAAAGGGUGGUUGGUACAAUACAGAUCAUAUAUUUGAUUCAAAAUAUUAGUCAGCAUCCACGUGCUAGUUAUUUCUCGGUCUUUUACAUCUAUUUACUAGAUUGGAACCUCACACCUAGGAAUCUGGAUUUGGAACUACUACCAAGACACAGAAGAUCCUGAAGUUUUAAAGGUUGGUAUGGCAACUGGCGCCAAUUACUCGGUAGCCUAUGCCAGGUUCUCAGAUAGUGAGGACGUCGCGAAAACAACGUCAGGCAGCCCCCCGCGAGUUUUUCGUUUCAGUUUUCACUCUCUCUGCACGUAAGUAUCUUAACAGCUGGAGCAGGCUAAUUAAUCGGCUCCUGACGCAACUCAUUUUUUACACCCAUAAAUCCACAAUAAGGAGGUAAGAACCGAAACUUAUAACUAACUUUAUCAAGUUAUAGACGGAAAUUUAACCUACCUGAUUAUUUCAGUUUCGUUGAAAUAAAUAAUGUGGAUAUAACGUGGACGCUGAAGAUCAUAAUAUUAAGACAGAAUCCAUCAGGAAAUUGAGUAAUUUUAUUUUUCAGUGCACAAAAACCUUGUACCAGAAUAAUUUAAACAAUAUUGCAUUUUUUUUUUACAUUUUUUAAGGGCUAAAGAUGUAAUUAGUCAUCUGUAAUAACACCAAAGAAAAUUUCUUAGGGGAGCCCGAGAAAAUGAAUGUCAAAUUUUACAAGAAUUGUGAAAACACAACAGAGGAAAAAUUCUGGAAAUUUCUUCUGUAAGAUGUAAUUUUGUAAAAUCUGACAUUCAUUUUCUCAUAAGAAAUUUUUCUUUGGUGUUAUUACAGAAAACUAAGUACAUCUAUAGCCCGUGAAAAAUGUAAAAAAGACUGCAAUGUGCUUUAAAUUAUUCUGGUACAAGGUUUUUGUCCAUUGAAAAUCAAAAUUACUCAAUUUCCUGAUGGAUUCCAUCUUAAUAUUUUCCAUCUUCAUUACGCAAAUUAACCUAUAGUCCAUGUGAUCAACUGCGCAUGAAAUCAGGCGGUCUCCAUUUCACUUAACCGUUUCUCUCUUUCAUAAAAGUCGCUUCUAAAUGCAACAGCCCGUGUUUUAAGACGAUUUUUCCAAUUUUCUAAGCAAACAACAUCAUCAACCACAAAAGAGGAAGCUAUUGCAGCUAAGAUAAACCUCUCCUGGUCAUUCUCCAAGUCCAACCUUACUAAUGAUAACAAUUUCCAUCAUUACUGAUUCUCCUUUUAUCUUCCAUCUGCCUCACUUAAAGAUUCAACACGCAUAUAAAACGUACAUGACAACGAUUGCACGUCUACUUGGAGGAGGAUCAGAUUCAGAGAAGAAGAUGAUGCGUAUCUACAACUUUGAAAGGGACCUUGCAAGUGUAAGUCAUGUUUCAGGUAGAAUAUAAAACCACCUCCAAAAAUAUUAAAUGUUAAGGGACAGUCUACACUAAUAAACAAAUUCUUCCUGCUGCAAAUAACUAACUGUCGUAAUCGUUCAUAAGUAAGAUACCUAAACGAUCUCAAAUGUGUGCAAUUCCACAGUUGGUUUCAUGCAACUCCCAUGCAAAGGGGUCUUCCCAGCCAGUGUCUGUGAGGACUCAACAGGAUGAGUGAAACAGCGCAGCUGAAAUAGAUCUAAUCCAUUACAUCAGAAAGCAGGUGAACGCGUCAAACGUGGGAGCUUCAAACUCGUUCCAAGGAGUUAUAGGCCUUAUCACGGUUUUCAACCCCAUCUUUACGAUUAGGUGAGCGCGUGAGAGAUUACAGUGUUUGUAUGAGAAUCUAAUGUCGAAUAAUUUCCUUAAAACGGCUGUUCUGAAAAAGAAUAUUAAUUGUAAACUAAAGCUGCACAGCAAAGGAUUGUUUACUAACAAGGUUUGGGGGCCGUUACUGUACUCAAAUUUCUCCAGACCCUUGCUUUAGAUUUACCAUAUAUUUGUCUGCUAUUUUUCCCGGGAAAUCUUAGUCGGCAGGAACUAAAAUGUUUACAGACAAAUGUAUAGAAAAUUUUAAAAAAUGAUUCUAGCGCUUGUAGCUGCACGUAACGCCCUGAAAUUUUUCAGUACAAUCGUUAGGAGUAAAGCUUUAGGUUACAAUUCAUAUUUUUUUCAGAACCGCCGUUUUACGGAAAUUAUUCAACAUUAGAUUCUCAUACAAACACUGUAAGUUCUCACGCGGUUGCCUACUCGUCAAGAUGGCGUCGAAAACCUUGAUAAGGCCUAUUCGGACCCUUCCCCGAGAGAACACGAGAAACGAGGUUGGAGAACUCUCAAGAAAAGAGCGAGAAAACUAGUAGGAGUUAACUUUCGCUAAGACUUCUGGGACUGUACCAUUGACCGGCGAGGCCCUGGUGACCAUCUCAGAAAGGCAGAAACAACUGCGAUACGUAUUUUGUCUCCAGUUUCCUUCUUAUUUGAAAAGUGGACAACAACAUGGUUUCUUCAUGAUAAACGACAAAGCUAUUAGAGAUUUUACGCUCUGUGUCCUAUCUUCUAUUUCAAGAUAUUGCUUUUUUUCCCGUUUCUACAGAGGCGGGAUCGGGACAAACCAUUCUCAGAUGACUUGGUCCAGUCCCUCGGGCAGUAUUAUUAUUCAAGAAGAUCCCUGGAUUUCUCAUUGGACAAGACUAUCGCUGACUUUUGCUCGGACUCAAAUUUUAAUGUGCGUAAUUUUAGCGACAGAGGACACACUGGAAACCCAGGUUACCAGUUUUAGCAUAGUCUGCUACACAGCCGUUUUUAACAACAACAACACUUUAUUUCACCCCAUAAUAUACAAGAAAUAAAAAUUUAUAACAAUAGUACAGACGAUGAUAGGGGCGCUGGCUGCCCGAAAUAACCUAAGAGUUAAAAAUGCCAGGCAGCCAGUUAAAAAAAAAGAUGUUUAAAUGUUUAGGUCAGGGACACAAGAACAAAGAAAACAGAGAAACGCACACAAAGAGUUAAGUAAACUACCAGUAUAUCAAAGAGACUAAAAUUCAUACAUUGCAAAACAGUAUUAUUUCCAUUUUAAAGUUACUCAGACAAUGUAUAGAUGUCUAGUAAUCUUUGAUAAAGAGCUGUUUCCCUUUCUUUUUAAACAAAGAAAGUUUUUAGUGUCGUCACGCAACGCUCCUCCCCACACUAAAAACGGCUGUGUAGCAGACUAGUUUUAGCACUGUGAUUAUUUUUAACCCCUUCAAUGCCAGAGUACUUGAUAGAGUUUUGUACUGGUGACUCUAACUUUUGAGUCUGCAGACAAAAUCCUAUGAUGUGACCAUUCAAAUGAAAGCUCUCUGCCUGUACUUUCACAUGAUGCUAUUUGUUUGUCAAACUUUUAGAAAAUAAAAUUUGGAAAUUCGGUCGAAAUUUGCCUUUGGCCACAUUUGGCAGUGAAAGGCUUAAAAGAUGAAAGAUACGAAAACCAAAUUUGUAUAUAGCUUCUAUUUCGGCUUUUUAUAGUGCAGGCAAAAGAGUUAAUAAUGCUACUUUUGGUCGUUCACAAUGCCACCUCCAACUCAGACUUGCGAAGGUAUAUGUUGUGGUUCAAUUUUAUCCUUGGUUCAAAUUUUAUUUCGCGUUGUUUUUGGGUAUGGUAAUAUGAUAAUGAGUUUAAAACAAACGGAAAUAAAAUUUAAACCAAGGAUAAAACUGAACCAUAACAUAUAUAAUGGGCACUUGAAUUCGGCAGAUCAAGCACCAGCUCUCAUUCAGGGCUGAUUUAGCGAAGAAUUACUGCCAAAACUUUAGCCUAGAACCGGGCGGUUUAUCAUUUGCAGAAAAGAUUCCGUUAAAUCCGGUUCCAGUGGAAAAUUUCCGGCAGCAACCGAACAUCUGAAAACUAAAGGUAGUCCUCUUUUUCCGGCUGGAAAGUUCCAAACGGAAAUUCUUCUUGCUCUUGUUACAUGAUCGCAUCUUCGAUACCAGUUUCAGGCCUUCUCAGCCGUUUUUCGGUAAAAGGAGUAUUUUUAAGUGUAAAACGGUAAACGCGACUCCGGGACGAAAUUACCAGUGCUGACUGAUUUUGAUUACCAUUUGACCAAAAGAGUGAACCGACCGCUUUGCCCAUGUAAAAAUGGUAAACAAACCGAAACUCCUGCAUACUUUUAGAAAGGGCCAAAGGACGUCAGUUACUAGUGAACGCGGAUUGCGGGCAAUCGAACGACUAAAUUAUCAAUCAACACUAUUUUUUCAUUUACAGCAAACUUUUAUCUUGGAUUUUUUGAACACUGCGUUUCUGCACCAAGGAAUUACUUUCGACUCUAGGGAAAAAGUUUACUAUGGGGGUCACUUAAUCUUCCGGCACAUUGCUUCGAAGUAUCAUACUACGUAAGUGUCACGUAACUAUUAGUCAUUUACAAGAGAGGAUAAAGGGGACAGAGAAGGCAUUCCCCAUACACACCCUAUUCCAUAGGUAAUUCGUCCCGAGUUAUUUUUAGAAUGGAGAUAAAGUUACCUCGCGCGCUGCGUGGAUGUUUCGUGGUGGUUUUUCAUGACUAAACGCCGUGCAAAACAUGUCGGGCGAAAGGCAAUAAAAGCGUAAAGAGAUCGACAGUAUUCCUGAAUAUUGAAGCCAAAUGAGUAGGCGCUCACCUGGGAAAAGGGAAUCGCUGGACUCUUUGACAACCCGUGAAAUCGGUUUAACUCGAAGUUGUCGUAACCUCAGUGCUUUAAUAAAAUGAGGAAUUUGGCCGGUCUAUUGAAACCGGUCGUUUGUACAAUAAAGCAAGUAGGACGCAAAGUGUUAUUUUUGUUGAAUAAUAAAAGAGUAAUAAAAGCAUAAAUAUCAAACCAGAAAUUUCUUUCUUCAAACUGUAAAUUAUAAAUGAUCCGGAGAGAAUGUUCAGUAUGCUGUACUGUUAGCUCUAUACAAGAGAGGAAGGGCAAUUCUUUCUUAAUUUCCGUUUCGCUGACACAGCUUUAGCACAAAUCUCUCUGUAGUCGUUUUUGUCGACAAAACGAAUAGCAAUAUUGCUCUCCGCGUCUUCCGCCAUUUUCUUCUGCGUCAAUUCGUGAAGGACGCGUGGCUCUGAGCGUGGAUCAUCCACGCGAAACACAUUCGCGCUAUGUGAUUGGCUGUCGUCUAAUCCCCCUUGAGAUCUGUGGUGUUAAAAAUAACUUGAGACGAAUUACCUAUGGAAUUGGGUGUGUAUGGGGGAUGCCUUCUCUGUCCCCUUUAUCCUCUCUUGUCAUUUAUUACUAAAUUUUUUAAUUAUUAAAUAGAUGAGUAAAAAGGAAUUUUAAAAGUGUUUAUGAACAGCACUGUCUUGUAUCUGGAGAAAAUUAUUCCCUUUUAUAGUGGUUUACUUUCACUUGUAAUAACGAUGUUAUUUUUUUGGAAUAUUCUUCAUGCCCUUCUCUCAGCGGUGUUCUUAUUUAUCUUGGCAAUUUUAUCUGAUCAAUAACAGCGCCCAGUGUAAAGAAGAGAGCGUCGGUGAAUUAUGAUCAAUGAAAAGCAACCUAUCAACCUGUCAAUAAUAGUCUAAUAAUCAUUGCUACCGGACAAAGUCGACAAAAACAUGAAGACGGUGAUAUGACAACUGAUACGAUGUUAAAAUUGGCAGCCCAAAGCUAAUGUUUGCCUGACCACUUUGACAAAGUUAGGGGUUACUCCAAGUACUUGUACAUACUUAGAUAACAAGCAGUUAUCGGUUUUGGCUUUCGUAUUAUGCAGAUAGCUAAAACAUGCUAAACUCGAUCGAUUUUAAGUUGCAUUCAGGAUCGGAAACGAUGCGUCGUUGUAUUUUUUAGGCAGUAGUUCUUUGCAAAACUUGUGUGGUUGACGUCCCUUUUCCUGUCGAUAUCCAGUAAUAUUGAUGUCAUUUUAGUGGAUAUGGCAAAAGUCUCUUCCAAAUUUGGCAACGCUAGCUUAUCAUGGAGAAUACCGCAAGACGGAAGAUUUGAGUCAAUCAGAAACGAAGAAAUAUUUUUAAUGAAUUAUUAUGGAGGCUAGUAAGUGUUGUUAAGAAACAAUAGGCUAUUGUUUGAGAAGGACCAUUUUAAGAACAUUUUGACUUGUCGGCCCAUUCUGGAGCCGACGUAUCUAAAGUAGCUACAGCCUAUUUUUCUUGCCUGUAUUUGCUUAAUAUAGGCUAAUUUGUUGAGUUUACAUUUAAAACAUUUUUUCGUAUUUCUGGAAUUCGUUUCUAUACAAUGAACAUCCGUGCGCACUGCCCUUCUCGACGGUGUUCCGAUUUAUUGUGACGAAUUUUCCUAACUUCUCUAACCAAUUAGUACACUGUUUUAAACUCGAGGAAGAGAGGGUCUUGUCGGAUUACACCUUAAACUAAAAAGGCGCCAAUAAAGAGAUGAAUAAUUAGUGAUAACAACAAAAACAUAAAAAAGAUAUGAUAUCAUAAUAGACAGGCCAAAGUCAAUGACGAGUGUUUGCCUCCCUAGCUACGAAAUUGAAAAACACGAUACUUGAAAGUUUAUACAUUUUUGUUCCAAAACAAUAGAUUAAUAUUCCUGAAUAAUACUCAAUACCUCUCGAAGAAGAACAAUUUAUGUAACCAGUUCCCAACAUGUCUAACGCGCAACCAUUCAUGGUGAUAUUUGCUUUAAUUAGCUCCCACGACAUUAUCAAGGACUACAUUAUGUGGCGAGUUGUUUCCCGGUACGUUUGGUCAAUGCCUGAUCUAUUUGUUGAAGCUAAGCUUGAGUUUUACAAGGCUCUGCGCGGGACGCGAAAAAGCCGACAUCAAAGAUGGUCUUUCUGUAUCGAUGAAAUGCUGACACCGAUGGACAUGACUCUGGGGAGGAUGCAUGUUGACGCACAUUAUGACGAAGCAACUAAAUCAACGGUAAAGUUGUAAACUAUACUAAGAAAACUAACGGCGACGCACAUUCACAAGCACAACUCGAAGCUCGCAUCUUCCAUAUCAAUCGUUAUGAAUAUAUUUUUGCCCGGAAGUAAGCACAUUCGAUUGAUUGAUCGACUGAAGUUCAAUAAAAGUCGUUCUUUUUGUUUCAGGUACAGGAAAUGACGACUCUUAUUCGCGAGGCCUUUAUUAAUAACCUCAAUUCGGCGGAUUGGAUGGAUUCUGCAACAAAAGAGGCCGCCAGGGAAAAGGUAAGGAUGUCAUCCAUUGAUUAUCAAGACAAAGAGGUAAAAAGUGUUCAAAAAGCUGGUUCUCUUAAUUUUACAGGUAUCGGAGUAAGUCGAUGUUGGUACAGUACACCUCUCUUGCAUAGUAUUAUUUGUAUAAUAUUCCCUUUUUAAUUCCCAUUAAAUCAUGCGUCUUGGCGGGUUUAUACCAUCUUUUAAGUUUUCUUCUUACGGACGUCGAUAAUGAAAAAAAUAGGGGGCCACAUAUUUGUCCCCAUAACAGUCAGUACUGUAACUUUGAGUACUCUAUGACUGGUUAACGCUUGUUAUUAUAAUGACUACAAUAGUACGCGCACUCUCAUUGGCUGUUCUCUUGUAAUGACCGGGCAUUAACAGUUAGGUGUCCAAGGUAUAUACAAUCCGUGUUUAACUUAAUAGUCGACAUCUAUGUUAUGCUCAAUUGACAGCUGUCAAAAGGGUAUCCGUUGACCAGUGUCAUCUGGCUGUAUCGCAGGUUCAAGUGUACAACUUAUUGAGGUGAUUUUUAAAGUUAUCCGCUGACCAGUUGUUGGUUUUAGUUGAUAGCAGGCUCAGGUCAAAAAUGAAAAGGCAAUAUAAUAAAUAACAUAUUAACCUCGUCCGUUCGUUCAUAAUGCACUUAAAAGUAAUCAUUGCAGGCCAAUGCUAUAAAAGAGGAUGUGGGAUACCCACCAUACAUAAAAAACGACACAAAACUUGACGAACAUUACUCCAAGGUAAUAAUAGUAACAAUAAUAUUAGUAAUAAUAACAUUGGCAAUAAUGGCCGCGGGGGGGACAGCGAAUGAAGUGAUGUGUUCCUUAGCUCGUUAACGUUCAUCUUGAUCAUGGAAUGGUUAUGAAACCCGUUAAACUCCUUUGUCGUAUAUUUUUGUUAGCUUUUUUGGACCUGACAGUGCACAAGGUUCAACAGCAUUCCUAUCAUUUUUAACUUACCGACCAACAGAAACAUCGCACUAAUUUAUUCAGUCACAAUUUGUGAACAAAAAACAAAGGAUUGUGCAGGGUCAGGGAGCUUCCAAUAUAAACUGCAACACCAUUGUUUUCAACUGUGAUGUUUGCCUGCUUUCCUAGCCAGACUCCUCUACUAACUAUGUCGUGAUAAACAAUUUUCCCUAUUCGCCAACACUGCCUCGCCCAUGCAAUGCAUUUAAAAGUUCGCUUGAAUAUGCCAAUCCUCGAGUUCAAAUCCUCGGUCGCGCUUCCAGUUGGGGAUUUUUAUUCCCGUUAUCAUCUAUUUAAUUUUCAAGAUUCACUCUUUGGUUUAGUUUUUUUGGUGAUAUAUCACUUGUCUCAAAAUAUCAGCACUACUUAUCAAUUAUUUACUUUUUUCCCCAAUAUCACCAGCUGACAGUUAGUGAUGAUUAUUUUGAAAAUAAAAUAGCAAUGAACAAAAUGCUGGUCCAAAAAAACUUUGGAAUGCUUCGCCAUCCAGUCAGCAAGGAUUUGUAAGUAUUAUUUGCGGAUUGCCAGCACAUUUGAAAUGAUUUUAGCCUAACAGGUUGUGGGUGGUGGUAGAGUGUGGAUGCGUUUUAUUAGAUAUGUCAGAAAUUACCCUUAAAAUGUGAGCCUUCAGGGUAACUGCCAUUAUAAGUCAUUAAGCUAUCUUUCAAACGAUAUUUCAUAGUAAGUCAUUUGGCUUAUUCCCAAGUAUUCUGAUCUAAACCUUCAUUUAAUUUGCAUUAAUAAAAAUAAUCUGACUGAGAGACUUCUACCUCUCGAAAUAUAAGAAACAUUGGAAAUGAUAUGCCCAGGGGCCGACUCUUGGUAAUUGGCUCCUAUUCCAAUUUUAGCACUGUGGCACACGUACCAACUCCACGGUAUGGCUAUUACCUUACGCAUGCGCACAGCCAUAUAACCCCAGCAGUGGCAGCCAUGGUCAGCUGUUUCGCCCUUAUUGAGGCUCAUCAGCAUAGCAUAACCGUCGGGUUCAUGAACAGGAGAACUCGUGCAUCAAAGAGUCUUUACUUCCGAGGCAAAUGCAAAGAAGCACUUCUUUGAGUGCCAGCUCCACCGUAAACAAGUAGUAGUUGUUAGUUGGGGACCGCAAAACAGGGGUGAUGUGGUUGUGUGCAUGCAUAAGGUACUGGCCAUACCGCAGAGUUGUCACGUGUGCUUCAGUGCUUUAAUCGGCUUCUGUCCGUAUAAAACGAAGACUUAAAAAGUCCAAAUGGUCCGUUAAGAAUUUCUAAACUCAACAGCAAAAUUUACUGCAUCAUCUUUAAGCUCUCUCGCAUAGCAUUUUGACUUAACUUACAUAUUUUUAUAUACAUGCCAUUUCAGGUGGCCGGAAAAAAACCCUGCAGAAGUCAAUGCAUUUUACUAUAAACAUAAAAAUACAAUAGGUAUGUGGGAGUUUUUAUUUAAAUAGGGUUCAUAAUGACCAUCAAUCUUAAUCCACAAUAUUAGUAAAAAUUAAUAGUUCUCCUCUAUGACAGAUAAAUUAAAAUAUGGCAUAGUUGACUGAUUAGAAAUGUACAAUGUACGCAGUACCAUAAAUUUGUUAAUUAACAAUUAAUGAAUGAGGCUGAGUAAUUGUUUUAUUAUUCAUUCAAAAUAAUUCCCAGUUUAAAAACAUAGCUAAAACAUGCCGACCUCCAUCCAUGUUAAGUUCAUCUUCGAUAGUGCACGUUUAGGGUUGUUCAGCUCUUCAAAUAUUCUCCAAAUAGCAGUUAUCGCCCUUGGAGUUGUCUUCGUGCUGUUUUUGCCGUGUUUUUAGCUAUUAUUUCGUCCAGUAGUUACUCUUGAAACGAGUGAAAUGCCCGCCAUUUUUGUUUUCACAACCAAAACAACUCAACCUCGUCCCCAGGUCUUCUCGGUUGACGGCGCAUUAACCUGCAAGCUGUCUGCGCUUUUGACAUCAUCGGUUGACUAAUCGAAAAAAUUCUUCCAAAUUUGAUAAUCAGUAGGAGGUUAUGGUGAAUUAUGCGUGUGCUUUUAACCAAUUAAAAAACGGAGAAAUAUUUUGAAUGAAUAAUAAUUACAAAUGACGAUUAGUUAGUCAAAUCUGCAUUUAAUAUUUGUUACAUUAAUUUUUUUCAUAGUAUUUUUGGCAGGGAUCCUACAGACGCCUUUUUACACGAAAAAUUAUCCAAAGUAAGUGAGUGAAGUGAGUUACCCGCGUGGACACUAUAUGACACAUUUUGAAGGUAGUUUUAAAACUGUUUGUCAACCACGGAAGCAAGAUAAAUUACUUUAGAGAGAUUUAUCUCAUUAUUUGUUAAGUAGUGGUGCAAAAAAAGAGAAACCAGGAAGCUGCAAACCUGCACGGUUGAGGCUCAAUAUGCGACCACCUCUUGUAAGCGACCACGUCCCAUUAUCACCAAUUCAAGACACGACCACCCCUCCUAACGACCGCGAGCACCUUCUGAGGUGGCAGUUUUUUUCAAUUUUUCAUUAGUUUUGCCUCUUUUAAGCGACCACACGACGCGUGGUUUGACCAUGAGUAUGAAUGAAUGAAGCUUUAUUUAAUCUCGGGUUUGAUGAGGUUGGUUAGACCUCUGGCAAAAAAUUUGCUAAUGAGCCGAGGGGAAAAAAACAAAGAAAACAAAACAAAUAAAUAAAAUAAUAGAGAAAGAAAGGGAAAUCCAAAAACUUAUUUACAGUAUAAAGCCUAAAAUUACGUGACAUAGCUAUUUACAAUAAAAAGCCCAAUUACUUAAUAGAAUAUAGACAUUAUGUAAAAUUAGCUAGAACCUUAGCUGUCGGACUGCUUUUUGAAAAGCUGACAAUAUGUACUUACGGAUCUUAAGGUAUCAGAAAUCUAAUUCCAAGUAAUAGCCGCCAAGCACUUUACUGAGUUCUUGCUGUGACGAGUCGUAUUAGGUUUCGGUACUUGCAGCUUGUUAACCCCUCUCAGGUUUUUGAUGUUGUCUCUUAACCUAAAUAGGUCUCUCAGAUAUUCAGGUGGAUAAUUGUUAAUUGUCUUAAGUGCAAUAAUUAACAAGUUCUGGAUACGUCGAUCCACAAGGCUCUAACCAAUACGAUCAAAAAGGUGCUAGUUUGUGAAGACACGUCACUGUACAAGAAACGAAGUGCUCGUUCAUGUAACCUAUCCAGUUUUUUACUAUCAGACUUUAAACAGUGAUGCCAUAUGGAGGAACAGUAUUAUGAACGAAAUAUAAAGGCAGAGUUUGGUCCGAAACGAUAAUAUGUUCUUUAGUCUACAACAACAUCUAGUUGCUUUCCAACUUUCUUGCUAAUUUUCGUAAUGUGUUUUCCAAAAUUCUGGAAAUUGUCCAAUUUUAGCCCAAAUAGAUCUACUGUAUCAAGUAGUGGUAAUGCAACACCUUCAGCAAAUAGUGAUAGCUUGACAUUGGGUUGUCGUGAGAGAAACAGCGCCUUGCAUUUUUCAGGGUUCAAGAUCAUCUUGUUAUUACGAAACCGCUCACACACCACCACAAGUUCCUUAUUGACAACAUGUUCGACAGCAGCUGGAUCAGUAUCAGCAAAAUACAGCUGAUUAUCAUGAGCAUAGUUAGACAGCUUCGCCUCUUUAAUGAAAUAAAAUAAGUCAUUUAUGAAGAUGUUAAACAAUAAGGGUCCUAAAAAGGAGCCUUGGGGAACACCGCUUUUAACAUAUGAGAUAUCACUUGUAACGUCCUCUACUCGAACCCGUUGCCUGCGAUUUGUUAAAUAGCUCUUCAGUGAGUUUAAACUAUGGGUAGAAAUACCAUAAGCAGAAAGCUUCGCAAGUAAUAAGUCGUGUGGUAUCAAAUCAAAAGCUUUACUUAAGUGCAUUAUCACAAUCCCAACCACAGAAUUCUUGUCAAGAGCUCCUUUCCGGUGCUCGAUAAGAUGCAACAACACAGAAUCGCAACUGUAAACUUUUCUAUACGCUGACAAGAACUUAGAGAAAUACGGGUUGAAGUAGUGAACAAGCUGCUUUUGCACACUCUUGUCCUUGAAGAAAUUCAUCAGGCUACUGAAGUUAAACAGUCGGCUGAAAUGUUCUUAAAACAUAGCCAGUCUUAACGUCUUAUUGAUGCUGACAGUUUCGAUGACUGUCGCAAUAAUUAACACCUUCAGAAGCCUAUUUAAGGCUUCUGACACCUUUAAUGUUUUUCAAGUUUUGAUAAAGAUGGCUGACAGGUAUCGAAACUGUCAGCAUCAAUAAGACGUUAAGACUGGCUAUGUUUUAAGAACAUUUCAAUCGACUGCUUUUGCACACAUCUCUCGAAAACCUUGUCACAUUUGUCUGUUGAGGCGAACGAAAAGCUUGGAGCCAUAUGGAUUCAAAACGUGUAUCACUUUUUGAAGCUAACCCCUGGCUAACCAUUCAACCGUAAAAUUAUUCGACUUUCGCGUUGGCGAGCUCCUGCUAUGCAGGCUGCUGUCGGGUGCAAUUGUUUUUAACCUUUAAGUCAAAACAAAACUUCACGAGCACCACAUUAAUCCCGUUAAUAUCGAUAUCUUUGCACUUCCAUCCGCGAAUCGGCAAAAAGUAUUGGCAUAGUAGAGCACCCAAAGACAUAAAAAUAGCUUGUCUUCCUCGGGAUUCAUCACUUAAGCGUUCGCGAACUCGAUGAAAUUAUUUCCAUAGGAAAAAUUAAAAAAUGAAGAAAACAUAAACAAACAAUUGCUCUGGAAAUUUAUUCGAAGGGGUUUCCACUUUUAUACAUCACAAAUACACGGAAAUCACAAAUUGUUCUUUUAAAAAGUUCUUCGUAUAUUCUAAGUAGCACUUUGCACACAGAGAAUGAGUCAAGUGGUCGCUUUCAAGAGGUUAAGAAAAUAAUUAAACUUUCAAGCCCAAAAAGUGGUCGCGGUUGUUAAGGUGAUGUUACACGAGACGAUUCGCAACGACGAUUUUUAGCGCAACACAGCGUUGCAACAUUGUUGUGACAUUGUUUCGAAUAGUUACAACAUUGUUCCAACAUUGCAAGGCUGUGUUGCGCUAAAAAUCGUCGUUGCGAAUCGUUUUGUGUAACAUCACCCUUACGAGAGGUGGUCACACAUGGAGGUUCGACUGUAUACCGUUUUCUUUCGCCAGGUAUCUCAACUAUGGUUCACUGGCAACGGUCAUUGGACAUGAAAUUACACACGGAUUCGACAACAGCGGUAUCUUUUAUAGUUCUCUUUUUCAAUACUUGAGGUAGAAAAGUUGUAAAAAAACACGACUUUGAAUUCAUCAACGUCAGAUGUUACGAAGUGCUAGGAAGAUACUGGCAUGAACAAGGACACUUUUUGUGGAAAAGGAAUAUUAGCCUGAUUUUUAAAAAGACAACAACAGAUCACACGGUGAUAGUUUGGUCAAGGUUCAAACUCAGUAAAUGUCUUUCUAUUAUUUGCAUCAGAGCAAACAUCGGCAAAUUGUGACGGUAACGUUUUAAAUAACAACAUCAAACGUUUGCUUUGUCUAAUUCAAAUUCUCUCCGUUAAAUCACUCGCCCUUGAGAGAGGGAAAAAAUCCCGUCAUUGCAUCAUCCCCAUGGUCAUACUCACUAUAUACUCUCUCAGACCAAUGUCACAACCAAUAAACCCGCGAGUAUUUCUAGAGUAAUUGUUACUUGUAUCGAUUUUUCAUAUCUUAUUUAGGUCGCCUUUAUGACAAAAAUGGAAAUUUUAACGAUUGGUGGUCUGAGGAAUCGGAAGCAAACUUCAAAUCCAAGAGCGAUUGUCUUGUCCAUCAGUACGGUAAUUACAAGGUGUUUGGAAAAAAGGUAAGUGGUUCAAUAAAUUUUUUUUAUGGAAGGCUCUGGAAACUAAUCAUCGGCUAAUGUUGCAAAGGGGAGAGCUGGCAACACGGUAUGAAAUUUACUGUAUUACAACUUAUAAUUGCAUUAUCAACACUUGUAUAAUAUUUUAGCAUUGUAAUACUAAAUUACAUCUUCGGUUGUUUGUACUACAGAUAAAGGGCAAAAAGACGUUGGGUGAAAACAUCGCUGACAACGGAGGGUUAAAGUUGGCAUACGAAGUAAGUUGGCAUAUGAACAAAGAUGGAAGGGUUUUCAUUGAUUUAUUUGUAGCUUUGGUUAAAAUAUUUGAUUCGAGGCUGUCAGUAAGCUCGAUCCCAACCAACGACAACGGCUCAGCAGCAAAACCACCAAGGAAAAUUUUAUCGUCAUAGAUUAUCUGCAUACGGUUUAUUCGCUCUGUGACUAUAAGGUCUACAAAUGUACUGUUCAGUUUAGUUUUAUAAUAAUAAUAAUGAUAAUGAUAAUAAAUGGUAAAGACAAUGAAAAUGAUGAUGAUGAUAAUGAUAAUAGCAACUUUCAUGUCGUAGCCCGCCCUUGAAAGCUGAUCUAUCACUGCGCUCACUUGUUUUCUCUUUGUAGCGUAUCAUAACGGACUUAAAUGUUUCAUGGUCGUUCCCUUAUCAUUUUUUUUGUAAUCUUUAUCAGUAUAAUGUGACUGUUAUGAUUCCCUGGUAUUUUGUUACAUUGCAUUUAAUGUACUUGCAUUGCAUUUCAUUGUCGUGGUAUGGACCCGGAAGAAUACUCAACAAAGUUUUAUACGGAGGCUUCGCCCUGAGGUCCAAUUGCCCCCAUAGCCUUUUUUAUGCCAUUUUUGACAGAUAAGCUACCCCUUUUCAUAUAUAUAUCUUCCAUUAAAGAAUGACACCGCAUUCACAGAUCUUCUUAAUAAGAAUAAUUCGCUAUAACAGGAAGUCUCUUGUCACUUUAAUUCAAGUAAGAUUUAAAAAGGAAAAUAAUAGAGUCAGUUAAGGCGCGUCUUUUCGAAAAAUUUUAUUCAAAGGACCUUUUUAAUACUUAAAUGAUAGCUUUUCCUACCAUUUCAUUUACUUCAACUCGUGAAUUACCUACCCACUGAUAUACCUGAAGCCUGGACAGGCACCCCUUUUGGAAGGAGCCUCCCUUAUAGGCCAUUAUAGAGAUUGCCCCACGGUUAUGGACAUAAAGUAUACGAAAAUUUGUUUGUGGGCGAUAGGAGGAGCCCGCAAUCGUAAUCUCCAGGUUGUUAUUGCCAUGCGUCGCGUAUAUGUAGCUAGCAUUCGUUUGGACUUCCACUAAGAAUGUAUGGAAUGCACAGAACGCCUUUGAUCACGUCUGUUUGUACCUUCUAUCACUCCUAAUCUGAACGAAAGCGUUCUGACUUUCGAACGUUGUCGCCCGCACUCAGUAACCUUUGGUUAUUACUAGUUCUAGUAUAUUAAGCAAAAACAGACCAGAUUUCAUUUUCUGUUUAAUUUACUUGUAUUUAGGCAUAUCAGUCCUGGGUGAAGGCCAAUGGAAGAGAAAAUCCAUUACCUGAUCUUUCUAUGAGCGUGGAUCAACUUUUCUUUAUCGGAUUUGCAAUGGUAUGUUUUGAAUAAAUUAUUCGUUUACCGACCUUCAGUAUUCCAUUAUACAGGUGUUUUCGGUGUCAAAGCGCAUACAUUCAAUACGAUGUUUAAUUGUAAACAAAUCCAGUUGACAGACGAUGUGGAGUUCUAAUGUGUUAGUAUUUUCAAUGUUGCUAUUACUGCCAGUAAAUCACUAGUCUGAUAUCGGCAAAACGUUUCUACGAACUUUCACGUAGUAUUUCUGAUGACAAAUUUCCCGGGACAGAAACCCUCUUCACACAUAUGGGAUGUUUUCCGAGAAAAGAAUGAUCUUAAAAGCAUAUUUUAAUAUAAUACAUUUUAAAAAAUAUCAGAGAUCGGGGAUUUAAAAUACAAAACAACCAAAAGAAGCCGAUACACAUGCAAGGAAACGAUUAUCACCGAACUCACCGUUUUAGAAGCACGUAACAGUUAAGCUUGUAUUAAAAACUAUGAGUAAUAAGUAAGUUAGAGACAAAUAAAGAACGUAUUAAAUCCGUUUACCUUUCAUUUCAUGUACUGUUCAACGCAUGAUUUGCAUCCGUUGUUGCCACCUUGUUGAGCAAGAUAUUUUAUCUGGUUUAUUAAUAGACUGAAAAGUGAAGCGUUUUACGGUGCGUUGUUCCGUGUAAACUGCUUUAGCUUUCCCAUGUUACCGUCUUGAAGGUACGAUUCUAAUUGAUUUUCAAAGGAAACCGAAAAUAUUGCUAGAAAAGUUGGAACUGGCGAACAAUUCUUUUCUGCCAAAAAUCAUGCAAAUGGUGUCGGUAGCGAACACCGUGAAUCCAAUUUUCCCGCGCUGGAGCCUGCGGGUCAACCUCGUUUCCAGAUUCAUGGUGACGUCAGAAUUGUAACCACUCGGCAAGGCUGCUAAAACAUGUGAUUCAUGUGGACAGCAUUUUGGUUUAUGUUCUACGCUAAAAAUAAUGUAAAAAUGCUGUCUGGUUAUUUGUCAUGGCUACUAUUAAAACUGAACUGUCUCCGCUGUUUAAAAAUUCGAAUUUCCCGAGGAAGAAAACCAUUUUACCUCCGCUCUUUGUUACGUAACCAACAACAACUCCCUCUAAGCUUACUUUUAUCAUUGUUGAGGGAGGGAUGGCGAAGUUACCUCAAUUAUAUUGACGAGCUCGAGGAAGGGCCGGCAAAUAAAUUCUUAGGUAAAGAGAGUAUAUUUUACAAGAAAUAUUCACCAAUUUGACUACUCCGUUCGAGCGUUUAGUGAUAAACGUGAUAAUCAUCCAUUCAUUCUGUGUCCACCCUACUCCGGUAAAUCGAGAUUUGAUCUAUUUAAACUGUAAGUGCAGUACUUAUCACAGUUCUGAAUGGCGCGUAAAAUAGCUUUACAGUAUACCCUGAUCAAAAGCUUGUUUAGAAUGAAAAUAAUUUAAAAAUAGGUCCUCCUUCUUUACAUCCUUCAUACUCUUUUCCCUCAUUAUUUCAGACACACUGUGCUGUUUACAAGAAGACGGCGGCUCUCUACCAAAGGGAAAUAGACUCUCAUUCGUAUGAUAAAUACAGGUCAAUAGUGUUUAAGUUAAUUCUAGAAACACGAUACGUGCCUCGUAAGCCAGUGUAUAAAAUUUAGAUUGUUGAACAGUAGAAAGCUGGUGCAUACAAAUAGCCUGUUGUCAACUCUCCUCGCUCCUCGUCGCUAGGGCGAGGAGAGGAGAGACGGCUGUAUUCGCAGACUACAUUACAAAUAGUGCGUCUGACUGACACUUUCCGGAAACGAAAUGUGCGUUGGUCCUGCACCAUACGCUGUUACCCUAACUGCCUUCCCUAUAUAAUGCAGUUUUAGACCUAGUUUUUAAAGGCUGCACUCCAUUACUCCCUCUAUACUACUCGCUACUCUCGAGUACUCUCUACAUUUUACUCGAUCAUACAAUUCCUGUAUCCUUGUUAGUUACUGAUGACUAAAGGCCUGUUGCCGGCUCUAGCCUUGUUUCCUCUUAAAAUUGUCGUUGCGUUUUUAUGAGAGGGCGGGCUGAAACCAACAAGUAUCAAUUACAGCCAUUGGUUUAUACAUUAAUAUCAGUGUCCUUUUUUUUUUCCAGAGUCAUUGGCUCGCUAUCCAACUUUAAUAAGUUUGCGAAGGCCUUCAAUUGCCCUAUUGGAAGCGGAAUGAACCCCGUGAAGAAGUGCUCUGUAUGGUGA